AUGUCACAAGCAAAGAAGAGCACAGCGACCCUGGCCCCAGCGCCCCCAGACCGUUCCCGAAGCCUUCUGCGGGGCCUGCCGUCGCCCGCUCUAUGCUGUGCCUGUGGCUUGUGCGUGCUGCUGGCAGGCCUGAACGUGACACUAGUGGGAGCUUUCGCUGCCUUCCUGCCAGGACACAACGUACCGCUAGUGGUGGGGCCCGCUCUGCUCGUGCUGGCGCUCGGCUUCUUUGCUGCCUGCUGCCUGUGCAGCCGCCGGGGCCCCGUGCCCCGCGCGCGCUCCUCUGCCCCCGUGGGCCAGGGUGGCAGGCGUCCGGGUGCUGUGGCACUGGAGAUGGAGAGCAGCGAGCGUACGGCGCAGGACACGACGGCGGUGCAGCUCAGUCCAGCAGCCUCGGCUGCAUCCUCCGGCCGCUCCAGCCCCGUCCCGGGCCUCUUUGCCCUGGACCCUCCCGUACCUGCAACCGCGGCCUCCUACUUGCCGCGCACCGAAGGGACCCAGCUCAACUUCCCUAGGGACCUGGUACCUUCCUAG